UACAUAAUUUGGUUUAUGGUUUCUAACCUACACUGUUACAAUAUAUAAAAUCAUAUUCAAAAUAUUUUGGUUUCUUAAUAAUUAGUCCUAGACUGUACUUAUACGACCACUUAUUUCAUAUUCAAUGAAUCUAUUUACAAUAUGCAUAAAAUCCUAGAACUCUACAGUGGCAUUGGUGGUAUGCACUGUGCCUGGAAUGGUAGAUUCUGGUUUGGAGGGAAAAGUAAUGACAGCUAUAGAUAUCAAUACAGUAGCUAAUGAAGUAUACCGUAACAAUUUUCCUAACACUUGUUUAAUUUGCAAGAACAUUCAGUCCCUAAGUGUGGAUGAUAUUUGUAGGCUAGAAGUUAAUACAAUAUUAAUGUCCCCGCCAUGCCAGCCAUUUACAAGGAAUGGAAAAUUUCUAGAUGAGAAUGAUCCUCGAACAAACUCUUUUAUUUAUAUUAUAAAUAUAUUACCACAAUUAUACAAUAUUGAAUACAUAUUAAUGGAAAAUGUAAAAGGAUUUGAAUGUUCAAAAGUGAGGAACUUAUUUAUAGAUAAAUUAAAAGAAUGUGGGUUUUAUUAUCAAGAAUUUCUAUUAUGUCCCAGCAAAGUAGGUGUGCCUAAUUCUAGAUUAAGAUAUUACUGUAUAGCUAGAAAAACUAAAUCAGAAUGGAAUUUUAAAAGGAAAGAUGAAAUUAUGUAUGACAUUCCCAUAGAAACAAAUGAACCAUUUGCAAUACAGAGUAUUAUAGAAGACAAUGUGCCAGAUACUUACAUCCUAACAGAUAAAGUAUUGAAGUGGGGAAAAGCUUUAGACAUAUGUUUCAAAGACUCAAAGAGAUCUUGUUGUUUUACAAAGGCAUACUCUCAUUAUGUUGAUGGAACGGGCUCAGUUUUCACAGAGAUUGAUCAAGAAACUGCAAAGAAAUGUUAUGCAGAAGCCAACAUGUAUGAACCUGGGAGUGAGGACUUCAUCAACAAACUGAAAGAAUUAAAACUUAGAUACUUUACGCCUAAAGAAAUACUGGCACUCAUGUCUUUUCCUAAAGACUAUGUGUUUCCGGAAAGUACAACUGUUAAACAGUGUUAUAGAUUGUUAGGGAAUAGUGUCAAUGUUAAAGUAAUAAGUGAAUUAUUGAAAAUAUUAUUUUUAUAAUAAAAUUUUAUUGAUAUA